CUGCCGUUGAAACCAUGAAGUUGGAAAACAUCAUUAUUUUACAGAAUACGGUCGACUUCGCCAAAGAAGCCUAGACUCUUGAGCACCAAAAAUAAUAGCUGCAUUCGUCAAAGGCAUGGUGGUCGAGUUGUCACCCAUCGUUCCGAUAUUCGCGCAGCUGAAAUACGAUAUUAACGCUGUUAACGAAUACAUUGUAAAAUAUAUACCUUUCCCAGUCUGCGACUUUGCUUCCGAUCCCCGUCUCAUCAUGAUCCAUUCCUUCGACGUCAACAAGCCUGGUGCCGAUGUCAUGAGCUCAAAGGUGGUGUUGCCAAUGGUUCUAUCCUCACAGGCAUUCUAUGGCCAGGGCAAGAAGUCGAGAUUCAUCUGGGAAUUGUGAUGAGAGACACUCAAGGACAGAAUUGCUUUUGGGGUUCCAGGAAGGCUGAUUGGUGUUGGGACCAAGAUUGAUCCUACGCUAUGCAGAGCGGAUCGUCUUGUUGGUCAA